AUGAAAAUCAGAGAGGAAGCAGAUAAACUUAUCCGGCGAGAAAAAGCCCGUCAAGAAAAAGAACUAGCCAACCAAUUAACCGAGCAAGCAAAUCAAGGCAAAACCCACGAAAAAGACAUUGAAAUUGCUAAAUUUCACGAGGAGCGGGGCAAAAAAGGCUGCUUAACUAUUGAUGACUAUGAUUUUGCUGCUUAUUUAAGAGGCAAAAACUAUCAACCCAAUCAAGAUUUCUUUUAUCCCAAGGAGAAAAGAAACACUAUCAAAGAAAUAAAUAUUAGCUAUAAAAACCUCAUUGGCAACUUAGAUUUAACUGAUUUUGUUAAUUUAGAGGAAUUAUAUUGUCAUGUUAAUCAAUUAACCUCCUUAAAUUUAACUAACUGUCAGCAAUUAAAGAAACUUGAUUGUAGUAGUAAUAAAUUAAAAGAUUUAAUUCUUCCUUCCUCAGCUGAACAAUUGACUAUUUUAAGUAUCAUGGAUAAUAAUCUUUCAGGAGAUUGUUCCUUGUUCAGUCAUUUGGUUAAUUUAGAGAAUUUAAGGAUUGCUAAAUCUCUCUUAUUGGCUGACAAAGAGCAACAAAUAGCCCGACUAGAAGCUGAAAUCUUAGCUAAACAAGAAAAGUUAGAAACCAGCCUUAGUAAUCAAGAACAACUAAAACAAGAAAAAACCGAGUUAGAAGAAAAACUAACCACUCUCCAAGCCAAAUAUGAAGAAUUAUUAGAGCAAGCUACUCACCGGCAAGAAUUAUUAAAAAAACUAGGAGAGAAAAAUAAAGCAUUAGAAACACUGAGAAAUAACUGUGAUUACAAGCCACACCAAAAGCUUUUAGUAAAAUAUCUUUUAGAAGCUCAAGAGGAAUUUACUCGCUAUAACACUUAUGGAGCUGAUGAAAAGAAAAAAGAAAUAAUAAAAGAUUUAAAAGAAGAGGGUUUUAAAGAAGUUGAUAACCUUUGCCAACUCCAAACUGAAAUUACCCAACUAGACAAACAACUAGACAAAAUCAGAGAGAAUGCUAGGACAAUAAUUGAAGACUUAAUUAAACUUACCAAAGGACAGUUUUUCUUAAGGGGCAGACAACAAAAUCUAAUCCUUUUUGGAGAUAUUAAUGUUCAAGGAGGUCAUGCUUUUAUUGGCAACGAAUUUGGAGAUAAUACCAACCUUUCUCACAAUAGUUAUAUCACUGGUAUUGAAGAAAUAAAUGAAGAAUUUGAAGCACUACCAUUUUCUAAAACUAAAAGAGCUUUAUCAGUUUCCUCAACAACUGAAACACAGGAAGAAAAUAAAAUAGUUAAGUUAGAUGAAGAACAAAAGCAACAACAAGCCCAAAUCCUCCAAAAAGAACCUUACGGACUUCCUAUUUCCAUUUACCAAGAAGCAAAAAAAGUAGUUCCAAAAGGUGAAAUAAGCCCUUUUAUUAAUAAUUUCUUAAAAGAAUACGUAAAGAAAAAAAAAUUACAAGCCCUAAAAGAAGCCUAUCAGAGAACCGCCAAGAGUAAAGAAAGAGAACUAGAAAUAGCCAGUUAUCUGAAAAAAAUUCGUCCUUCUUUGGUAGUUAGCAACAAUAGCCAAAAUGAGUUUGACGAAGAAAUUAUUGUGAUUCCACUAAGCAGUAAAGAAUUAAACAACAUAGAACCCUAUCAGUCUUUCGUCAAACGCAAUAAAAAAAACGGACUAGACGAGGGCAGCAAACUUUUAUUUAAUCGUUUACGAAAUAUUGAAAAAACAACUCGUUUAGGAGAUUAUCUUGGAACAGUAGAACAAGAAAUCAUGGAUGAAGUCAAAGAAAAAUUGCAAUUAGUGCUAGAUUUAGAGGAUUAA